GACUGAGCUUUAUUGACACAAGGUGUGCAGAGUGGGAGAGGAGGACAGAGAUGUAUUUAUACAGGAACUUUGGGCAAAUUAUGGAGGCCUAUGUAGGGAAGAAUUCCAGCAUUGACGACUCAGAAGAUACUCAUUCAGGGGGGCAGGACUCCGCGCUGCGAGAGGGGGCCAUGGAUAGGUCAGGCGUACUACUGAAGUCGGAGUCGGAGGACUCUGGGGUGGAGGAGCCAGUGGUCACCCCUCUUGGCUCAGAGCAGAGCUUCUCAUUGGGCAAAGAUCCCGAAUUGGCAGAUGGGCCGCUCUCGCCCUCACCUCUGCCCUCACCCUCACCAGCCCGCGCUCCCUCCUUAUCAUCACCCCCAAACCUGAAGGGACGGGAAGGUUGGCGCAGAGUGCGGACCCAAGUCGAGUUGGCUCUACAGAGGACCAAGCAGAGGAGCUCCAGAACUCCAGCGCCUCAGCUGCCCAUCAGCUUCAUGAUCCCCCAGCCCUCGUUAGGUCCGAGUUUGGAUGAGGGGGUCCCACCGUUGCUGGACCCUGAGCCCUGUCAGCAAAGCCAGGGCAGAUCAGAGGUGGACAGCCAGGUAUGUGGUGAGAAGGCCGACCACGGGGGCCAGCUCUCCCCUGGGCUGUCGUACCUGGAUGAGGUCUGCAGACUCCUGGAGGAGAUCGCCAAGCUGCAGGCGAGGAACCGAGAAUUGAAGAGAGAGAGGGAUGGACUUCAGUACCAGCUGAGAGACAAGGAGAGACAGGAGUUGAGGUCCGGACAAUGUUUGUGUGGCGCUGCCGAGUCAGCCAGUGAGGGACCAGCACAGAGGCGAAGGGGUCCCAUGUCCAGUGGUCUUGCACCCGGGGAGCAGCCAGCGUUUCGGCGGCGCUCCAUGUCCGACUCAGAGGCCCUCAAAAGUAACGUGGAGCGGUGGAAGGAGACACUGGACCAUGGGAGUACGAGGCAGCUGACAGAGGUGGACAGCAGCAAGCAGACAAAAGCCAGACAGGACAGAGUCAAAUGGCAAGCAGCCAGCCUGAAUGAGACCUCAGGAAAGUUUCCAGAUCCCACAGAGGAGCCUGACAAGGAGCCUGGCAGCAAACAGAAACUGAAGAAGAAGCAGCAUUCUCUAUUCAAGAGGAAGUCCAAGAACAAGAGUGUGAAAUAAAACAGCCAUCUUGCACCACUCCCUGGUUGCGGUGGUCAGGGGAGCCUGAGAUUCAACGAUCCCAAGCUGACCGAUCUGUAUCCACAGCCUCCUGCUGAUAAUUAUUAGGUACUCUGAGCAUGUCUUUCUAAAUGGAAGAGCUAUCUGUAAUAGCGAUGUGAAGCUACGAAGCAUCUCGAUGAAGUACUUGCACUUUAUUUAUAGCUGUUGGCAUGUGAAUAGCUCAGUGCUUAAUUCGGGCUGUACCCCGCUGGUUUUGAUGGGUUUCUUCACAGCUGUAUGACUGAUAUGUGGAAGGCUUACGAUCAUAUGUUUAAUAUGUAGAUUUGUGUAACGCGUUCACUUUAUUCGUUUACGUGAUUGCUACGAUUUAAAUCUCUUACGUUAUACCCGUAUUUACUCGAUACAUAUCCAUAUAUAAACACAGAACAUAUACGCAAAUAAACGCUCGAACAUUGAUUCACCUUACGCAGGCUAUCAACUGAAAGCACAGUAUAUUUUAUAAAUAAAGUAUAAUGGUAACGUAACAAAUCAUAUCAUCAUUCCAAUCAGUCACGUAGUGUAUUAACCAAGUUUACACAAAUCCAUUUGUCUGAAAAUAUCUAAUCAUGACCGAUUACUUACGUUUAUGUUAUUUCCCUAAAUGCAGAAAAAUGUAUAUUUUGUGAAGCACAUAUAUGAAAUAUUUAAAAGGGUAACGGUUCUGUUUCGUAAUGUGAGCUAAAUUAUUUAAUCAAUAAAUUAUUCGAAUUUCUUGUA